CUAUCCGAAGAUGUUGCUGGAGCAACUUUUAUGGCGGCUGGUUCUUCAGCUCCAGAAUUAUUUACAUCCUUAGCCUCCGUAACCGCUGACAAUGAAGUUGGAGCUGGAACAAUAGUAGGGAGUGCAGUAUUUAAUAUACUAAUUAUUAUUGCUCUCAGCGCUGCCUUCGCUAAAAGAGUUUUAAAAAUUGAUUGGCGACCACUAAUUCGAGAUUCUGUAUUUUAUGCAAUCUCUAUUAUUAUGUUUACGAUUUUUGUAGCCGAUUAUAAAAUUUAUAUUUAUGAAGCCAUCAUAUUAUUAGUUAUGUAUGUCGUUUAUGUUGUCCUGAUGAAAUUUAACCCGCAAUUAAUGAAAUUAAUGGCAGGAGAAUAUAACGAGACACAAAGUAAUAGAGAGGACGAAAAUGAAGACUUACUUAAGCAUAAAUUACCUUCCAAUCGUGAAUUUUCGACUCGAACUUGUUUAUGCUGGCAAAUUUUUAUCUUUGUCUUGAGAUGGAUACUGUUAAUAUUCUCCUUUCCUUUCAUAUGGGUGUUUUCAUGGACUGUUCCGAACUGUUCAACCGAAAAAUAUAAAAAAUACUAUACACUUACCUUUAUAUUGUCUAUUGUUUGGAUUGCGGUAUUAAGCUUCGGCAUGGUUAUCUUAGUAUCUCGAACUGGUUGUAUAUUAAGCAUUGACAGUUAUACUAUGGGCUUAGUUAUCGUUGCGAUUGGGACUAGUAUCCCGGAUGCAUUAAGCUCAAUAUUUGCAGUUCGAGAUGGACAUGGUGAUAUGGCCGUUUCCAAUGCUAUUGGAUCAAAUAUUUUUGACAUUAACCUUGGAUUAGGUUUGCCAUACUUGAUAAGAAUUUUGAUC